CAAUGGGCCGAGGCAGCGGGGUACACAGAUCUGCCGGCGGCGCGCAGGGCCCCGGUGGUAGCGGCGCAGUGGCCGUUCGUUCCUCUCCUCCCUUGGGACGCUAGUCAGCAGGCCGUGCCCCGGGAGAGCCGCCCGGUGCCGGUAAGGGGCAGCGCCUCCGAUUUGAGAGUACUUUAGCAUCUCGUUGGGAUGCUUUCCUCUUUCUCCAGUUGGCUCUAGCAAGCAUCAUGAGGUUUCUAAGCAGUUUCACCAUAUCUUUUGAUGCCUCCAAAGAAGAAACGUACCCACAAGGCCAGGAAGGCAGAGCUGUUAUUCCUUGAGAGGCCACGAGAGGGACCUGUCCAGUGCUAUGAAGCUCCGCUACUUUCGACCGAGAAUCCAAGACGUGUUCCUACAAAACCUGUAGACCAGAACACCUCUGCUGCCUGGGUGUGCUCACAAUUUGAAACGGCUAAGUCAGUGGUGCUGAAAACAUGCACGAAGCACCGUGGUACUUGCAAACCCCAGAACUGGAAUGCCAGCCACAGUUUGUCUCAUGCAGGAGAAGCUUGUCGAAGAGCUACAGCCUGCAAAUUUCCUCCUUUAACUUUUGAGAAUCCAGAAGGACAUGCAUUCCAGUCCUUGGGUUGUCCAAAUCACUUGAUGAAGAAUAUGCAAAGCUUUCACAACCAGCCCAAGAAAGGGACAGCAGCAAAAGCCAACAUCCAAGUGAACAGUCUGGAGAACUGUAGAGAAAUACAUUCGUUACCUGCUUCUCAGUCUGCAGAGCCAGAAGUCUUUAGUCCACCAGAUGUAGAGACUCCCAGGACUCCUCCCAUAAGGAACUGGGGGCGCACCAGCACUCUGCAACAAACAAGCAGUGAUGUUUGGCAUUCUGAGAAAGAAUUGGCAUUUAGUGUUGACCCCUGUGGGAGGAGGGAGCCAGCAGCAGUCCUGGUUGCAGAUACGCCCGAGCAUGAAUAUGGAGUAAAGGUGACUUGGAGGCGGCGGCCUCAGCUAAUGAAGUACCUGCGGGAGACUGAGAAGCUGAGUGCCGCUGACAUACUGGUGAAGGUGAACCUUGAGCUCUCAAGGAGACAGACCGACGUGUAA